CGGAGCGUCGCCACGCCACAUCACCACAACAUACGCCGUACCGUACCCAGCAUGGUCCUCCUCAACUCCCUUCACACCGUCGCUACGGUUGCUCUCGCAACUCUCGUCUCCCUCACCUCCGCAUCUUCCGCCACCCGGGAACCCUUACAGCGCCUCAGCCUGGUCAAGAACCCUUCCAUCCUCACCUCCAACCACCGUGUCACCGCCGUAUCCAAAUUCGAUGUCGCUUUCGAUUUGAACGGACAACGGAUACGCCUGAAUCUCGAGCCCAACCAUGACAUUUUCGUCGAGGGCGCCAAAGUCCAAUACCUCGCCGCCGACGGCUCUCUUUCCAAGGAGGAGCCCUUGGAUCGCAUGGCCCACAAGGUGUACAAGGGUACUGCGCACGUCAAACGUUCAGAUCGUUGGGAUAAUAUCGGAUGGGCAAGAGUAAACGUAAUACAGGAUGGCCCGGACCCGCUCUUUGAAGGUGCUUUCAUGAUGAAUCACGACCAUCACCACAUCGCUCUCGCCUCUACCUACCGGCAGUUGCGCAUCGAAGGGGAACCCGAGAUAUCAGAACGUGAUGAGGAAUACAUGAUCAUCUUCCGCAACUCCGACAUGGGACGAAAGCACGACGAGGAGCGUACCGAGUUGAAGAAGCGGUCGUCUGCCCAGACUUGCGCCAGUGAUUCGUUGGAUUUCAAUGUUCAAGACGAACAUCCCGUCUAUGCCUCCAUGCGAGCACGCAGCGAAGAAAGCAGUCAAGGCACCAGCAACAAGUUUCUUUCGUCCCUCAUGGGCCGUCAAGUCGACAGCACUCCCGGCGCAGGCAACAGCGCUGGCGUCAACCUCGUCCAGAGUAUUGGGAGCACCAACGGCUGUCCCACAACCCGUAAAGUGGCACUCGUUGGCGUGGCAACAGAUUGCACGUAUACGCAGUCGUUCAACUCCUCCACGAACUCUACUCGCACGAACGUCAUAAACCAGAUGAACCGUGCCUCGGAGCUCUUCGAAAGCACCUUCAACAUUUCCCUGGGUCUCGCCCAGCUCGUCGUCACCGAACCAAACUGCCCGACCACCCCCCAAGCCGCUACCCCGUGGAAUCGAGCUUGCAGCGGUGAUUUCGGCAUCGAGAACCGCCUCAAUGCAUUUUCGCAGUGGAGGGGGCAACAGAAAGAUAGCUUUGCCUAUUGGACUCUUCUCAGCACGUGCAACACCGGCUCAGCCGUGGGUCUCGCAUGGCUCGGUCAGGCUUGUACCAGCGGUUCCAGCAACACGAACUCUUCACAGGGGGCCGCCGAAACGGUCGCCAGUGCCAACGUCGUGGUGAAAACAUUGACCGAGUGGCAGGUUAUUGCUCAUGAGGUUGGUCACACAUUUGGUGCUGUCCACGACUGCACUUCAUCCUCUUGUCAGAAUGCAAACAUGGUCAGUGCCCAACAGUGCUGUCCACUUAGCAGCAGCACCUGUGACGCUGGAGAAAGAUUCAUCAUGAACCCAUCUACUGCCGACGGCAUUGAUCGUUUCUCGCCCUGUUCUAUUGGCAACGUCUGCUCGGCCUUGGGCCGGAACAGUGUCAAGUCCAACUGCCUCACCAACAAUAGAGGCGUGACAACCAUCAGCGACCCUGUGUGUGGUAACGGGAUCGUGGAAGGGGACGAACAGUGCGAUUGUGGUGGCGAUGCCGGCUGCAGUGGCAACAGAUGCUGCGAUCCAAAAACUUGUCGUUUCGUCAACAAUGCUGUUUGCGAUGAUUCCAACGAGGAUUGCUGCACCGAAUGCCAGUUUGCUUCGUCCAACACCGUUUGCCGCGCCAGUGCUGGCGCAUGCGAUCCCGAGGAGAAAUGUACUGGUACUACACCCUAUUGCCCAGAGGACAAGACCAAUCCCGAUGGUCAGGAUUGCGGGAAUGGGCUCAAGUGUGCUAGCGGGCAAUGUACAUCUCGUGAUCAACAGUGUAAAUCCGUUAUGGGCAGCGUCGGCAAAGGCAACGACACCUACGCUUGCGACAACACUAACUGCGUGCUAAGCUGCGCCAGUCCCGAAUUCGGACGUGAUGUCUGCUUCGGUUUGCGGCAAAACUUCUUGGAUGGCACGAGCUGUGUGGGCGGCGGUCAAUGCAACAACGGACAAUGUGCUGGUUCAUCUGUCGGUGGAGAGGUCAAGAAUUGGAUCGACGAGCAUAAAACCAUCGUCAUUGGCGUAUCUUGUGCCGUUGGCGGCCUCAUUAUCUUGUCUAUACUCGGAUGUUGCAUCAGUAGCUGCAGACGUAGGAGAAGGCAGAAAGUGUACGCCGGCAGAGCUGCUGCCGUGCAGCAGCAACGUGGACCACCGCCGCCGCCGCCCAUGGGUAUGAGAAAUGUUCCACCACCGCCGCCACAUGCUGGAUGGACACCGCAGACAAAUCAUGCCGAUUUCCCGCAACCGCCACCUUCGUACCAUCGAAGCUCAACUGCUCGAUACGCUUAA